UGCCACGUCACUUCCUGGAGCUGCGUAGCUAGUUUCUGUUAGCUUGGAGCAGAAGGCGCGAGUCGUCCGUCCAAACAUGUCGUCGUCCUCUAGUCGAGUUCUGGUGGUGGGUGCCGGUCUGACGGGCAGCCUGUCCGCCUGCCUGCUCAGGAGGGAGCUCAAGGACAAAAAUGUCCACAUCGUCGUUUGGGACAAAGCUCGCGGAGUCGGUGGAAGGAUGUCGACGUUCCGCCCCCCUGACCCUUCAUGCCAUUCAGCCGACCUUGGAGCUCAGUACAUCUCGGCUACCCGCGAGUAUGCACGCUCGCACCACAGCUUCUACACUGAGCUGCUGGCGGAGGGCAUCCUGCGUCCGCUAGACUGCGCCGUGGAGGGCCUGCGACACAAAGAUGGCAGCACUGACUACGUGGCGCCGUUGGGCAUGAGCAGCGUGGUCAAACACUUUUUGCGCCAGUCGGGAGCCGACUUGUUCUUGGAGCAUCAGGUGAGCGGCUUGUACCGCCGAGGCGCCUCCUGGGAGGUCCACAGGAAGCAAGGCGACAGCCAAAACUUUGACUCUGUGCUCUUGACCAUCCCCGUCCCGCAAAUUCUGCAGCUUGAAGGUGACCUGGCAGACGUUUUAUCUGUCCAGCAGAGGGAGCUAUUGCACGGCGUGUCAUACUCAUCCCGUUUCGCCUUGGCGCUCUUCUUCCCUCCGGGCACCGAUUUGGGUGUUCCCUGGGGUGUCCGAUACUACAACAACGACGGCGACAACUCCAAAAUUAUAUGUUAUGCCACCGUGGAGCCUCGCAAACGCUGCACAGAUGGGGGUGCGGGCCUCGGGCCAUCCUUGGUCGUCCACACUGGCGUUCCCUUCGGUCUGCAGAACCUGGAGCGUAAUGCCGAGGAAGUGCAGCCAAUUAUCUUGGGGGAGCUGAAGCGUCUCCUCCCUGCACUGCCACAGCCAAUCAGCAUCAAGUGCCACAAGUGGAGGUACUCGCAGGUGGCAAGCGCGGUGGCGGGCUGUCCGGGUCACAUGACGUUGUCGGAGCAUCCCCUGUUGGUUUGCGCCGGCGACGCCUUCACCCACUCCAACUUCGACGGCUGUCUGACAUCUGCGCUGAGCGCACUUGAGGCAUUCAAAGGCGUCAUGUGACAGGAAGUCGCUCCGUGCGGAGCUUGACUGGUUGCUGAGCCAACACGGAGGGUGUGCGCGUGUGUCUUGGAAAGUGUCACAAACAUGAAGGCGUCACUUCCUGUCUGGUUUUCAUCUUAUUCCGUUAAAAGCAAAACUCAAUUUCAUAAAUAUUUUCUUUAUUCACUGGA